AUGGCUACCGGUACCCUAGCCUGGGAUCCUUUUGUUGGAGAGCACGUAGAUGCCGAUGCUAACUCUGAUGCGGCAGCCGACGAAAACCCCCCAACCUUUUACAUUGGACAUCAUGAGUCGGAGCGACCUUUACCUGUCACAGAUUUUGUUCUGCAACAGGCUGGAGAUGUUGGAUAUGACAUGCUCACAAGCCCCAUUACAAGUCCUCAUUUCCACUCGAGAGUCCUCACAUUGAUCUCGAAUCACCUCGCGGAAAUAUCAACGAUUGAUUCAAGCGAUGCGCCAAAUAAAGCCACCCCUCCAGCUCCCAUCAUUCCACCACUCAAUCCUGUCGAUACACCAUUGACUCCCUCCGAUACAGUCUCGCAGCUCAUCGCAUAUUCUAGUCCUUGGAUAGAUCUAUGCUCACCCGAUCCGCUAAUCGCAAACAUUUCUCGUCAAGUUUUGAAUAUCGAAAUUGCAUAUGCGUCUUUCUGCGGAGUGGGCAAUGUUAUUAUACCAGGUCCAAGAACGUACAAUGGUGGGUCAGGAGACAACAGUGGACUUGCUCAAUAUGCUCGUGCUAUUCAGGAAGCUCUCGCAAUUGCCAGCUAUAUCAACAUUGCUAUUCAUAUUCCUAUGUAUGGGACCGAAGAUCAAAAAGAGAUGACUGGUGAUCUUUUGCCAUUCUCAAGAUACCAAGAAACACCAGAUGCCUCAAAGGGCGAAAGAGAAAUCGAUUUGUAUGAGAAUUGGGAUGCUUGGAAUUUGAUCCGGGAUGUAUCAUUGGCACUUCCCCGACAACUUCCAAUUGAUUCAGUUCAAUCUCGUUGGUUUGCCGAGCCCCUGAAAUUAUUGACUUUCACUCAAUCAACAUUCUUGAAGAACAAGGGUGGACAUCCAGUUUUGGGCAAGGCUCACCAGAAUUUGGUCACCCGAUAUAUGAAGCUCAAGAACGCUCCAUGGCUAUUAUUAUGUGAUGUGGGACCAAUUCCCGGCUUAGAUGACCCAAGUCAGCAAAUCUCAGUGGCAGAUGGGUAUGCAUCACCAAGUAUUGUUCAAGAUGCGCCUUCUCCAACCCCAGCCGAAGCAGAACAAGCUAGAAGGAAUAGCACUAAACCACAAACGAAAUCAAAGGACGUUGCAGCUCAUUUGGUAUAUUUGAGAUAUCUCCAGAGAAACCAACCGGAACGAACUCCUAUUGAGAAGUUUGGUUCAGGCUAUCAAGAUUAUUUGCAGGCACCUCUUCAACCAUUAACUGACAAUCUUGAAUCUGUUACAUAUGAGGUAUUUGAGAAAGAUCCCGUCAAAUAUGAUUGGUACGAACGAGCUAUAGAACGAGCACUUUCCGAUUGGGCCGUACAAGAAAAGCCUACAUCGAGUCUUAGCGGUGCUGUUGUUAUAGCAGUAGCUGGGUCUGGACGCGGACCUUUAGUUUCUCGAGCUCUAAAGGCAAGUAAAACGACUGGAGUUCCAGUUGAAGUAUGGGCGGUAGAAAAGAACCCAAAUGCUUAUGUUCUCCUCCAACGACAUAACGAAAACAAAUGGAAUGGGGUAGUCAAUGUUGUCAAGACCGAUAUGCGCGCAUGGAAAGGACCAUUAAGAAAUGCAGCUGGACCCAUAGGCCAAGCCGUAACAACCUCUAUAACAACACCAGCUACAACCUAUGGUAAAGUCGACAUACUCGUUUCUGAACUCCUUGGUUCUUUCGCAGAUAAUGAAUUAUCACCCGAAUGUAUCGAUGGAGUUCAGCACGUAUUAGCACCCGAAUUCGGUAUCUCGAUACCCGCCUCAUACACCGCACAUCUUACCCCUAUCCUCGCACCUCGUCUCCAUGCCGAUAUCUCCAACCGAUUCUCAUCAGACGAAUCCGCUUCAAAUACCCCCUACGUCGUCAUGUUCCACGCCAUCGACUUCCUCGCCGUCUCAGUUCCAGGGCAUCCUCAAAUCCAACAAGCAUGGGAAUUCUCGCAUCCUUUGCCGGUAAACACACUACACAUCGCUGAAGCCCGUCGAGGCGGUGGUGUUAGUGGAGGAGGUGGUGGAAGUAUGUCUGGAGGCGAUGGUGCCAAUGAACAUAAUACCCGUUACGCACGUCUUAAGUUCGUAUGUAAAGACCGGGGCGUGGUGAAUGGACUUGCGGGAUAUUUCGAAGCGAUGCUAUAUGAGGGUGGUGGAAACCCGGACAACAAAGUCGAAUUGAGUACGCGUCCUGAUACUAUCGAUGCGAAGAGUAAAGAUAUGAUAUCGUGGUUCCCGAUUUUCUUUCCUUUGAAGUCACCUCUCUAUAUCCCAGAUGAUAGCGAGCUGGAAGUUAGUAUGUGGAGACAAACUGAUGAUAGGAAAGUAUGGUAUGAAUGGCUUGUUGAAGCUUUCGUCAUGGUGGGACCUAAUAAGCGUUUGAGAGUGGGUAUGAGUGAGGUCGGUAGUAGUAGACAGAUUGGCUGUCUUAUGUAG